UGAUUGAAAUAAUUUCAAAAGUUCUAAUUACAGUACCUAUGUCCUUUAAAACAUAAGAUCUGCAAAAAGUAUUCAGAAAUGUAUGCAGGAGGGAAUUCAGUGAAAGAGAUUUUUACAGAACUUUUUUCAAGCAAAAGUAAUGCCGUGUUAGAUCUUUUGGAUAGGUUUCAUUUUGAGGUGGACUCUGUGAUAAAGACCGUCGAUAUAAGUUCAUUAAGUCUCAUCGACAAAAGUUUGUUAAAUGAAAUACAAAAGUACGAAAACGAUAUCAAUGUACAGAUACGGUUUGGAUCAGCUUUAAGUGAUAUCCAGUGUUGUAUCAGAGAUGCUAACUUUAGACAACAUGUUAUAUGUGUAGAGUAUAAAAGCUAUCAGAAAUUACUUGUAAAAUCUACGCAACUACCACACGCAGGGUCGCUGGAACGAGAAUAUAAUAAUUUAGAUGAAAUAGUGACUACAUUUAGAGAGUUUAUUUUAGAUCUGACACCAUAUUUUCAUCAAUUGGAACUCAUAGAUAGAAAUUGUACUGUGAAAGAACCCAGGAAUCCUAGUUUCAAAGAUGAUUAUAGGAAAAUAUUAAUAGAUGACAGAAUAUGGUUACACGUGGAAGUAACUUCUGAAGGUCUAGCUAAUAAUUUACAUCUCAUAGGCCAAUCUGAGUUCUGGCAAAAUAAAUUACAGGAUGGACUUAUUAACUGGGAUCAUGAUAGAGAUAUAAUAGAAAAUAUUUCACAAAUCUUUGAUAUUGAAGUAUUUCCUCAAUGUGAAAGAAGUCAGAAUACAGACAUUGGCAAUGAAACAGAUUCACAAGUUUGUAGCAUCUGUUUGUGUGUUGAAUUACCUGAUGUUCAAGGUGUGCCCCAGCCUUUAUGCAGCAAUAUAUCUUGUGGAGCAUAUUUUCACAGGACCUGCUUACAUAUGUGGUUGGUUACCAGUGCAAGGAAUCGACCCCAAACAUUCGGCGUUGCAAGUGGUUCUUGUCCUUCAUGUCUACAAGCAAUUUCUUGUAAUGAAAAAGAAAUUUAGGACAGUACCGCCAUUUUAGAUACUGAUCUAUUAAUUAAUUAGUGAAAUAAAUUUGUAAAAUAUGAACAUGCUUUUUAAUCCUUGCGCCAAAUAGUGCAACUA